CUUACUGGGCUGCGUGUAGGUUUGUUCACGCCCAACAUUCCAUAUAACUUCUAGGUGAACUUCUACUUCAACAGAGCGUACUUAAGCAAAAAAAUCUCUUACAAGAGAUUUCCAUUGGCUCUAAACUAAACGAUUGGCAUUUCUAUUGGAGAACUUACUUUUCCUUCUGUCUACUUCGCCGCGCCGCCGUCAAGUUCGGUUGCGCGGUUUGCAAGUUGAUGUCAGUCUAGAAGAAGCCCGAGAAACUCCUCACGUCUCAAAGCUAUGAGUGGUGAGCAACAGCAAGAUGAAAUGGCCGCGCUGGUGGAAAGUGACGGAGACUUCCUUCAAAAACGAAACAGAAAUACCGGACAGGAAUCCCAGCAGCCCUCUCCCCUCGCUCUGUUAGCAGCUACCUGCAGUCGCAUGGAUGAAAAUGAUGCCACAUCUGACCAGCAGAGCCAGCAGUUAGACCUCAGCCAGUCUCAGAUCACACACACUGCCAACGGCUGGCAAGUCAUCCCUGGCGUCAUGUCCGAGGAUCAGAAGAAUAGACUGGUGGUGUCCUCGGCAGCCACGGUGCAGCAGCAGCAGCCUCAGCAGCAGUAUGUAAUGGCCCCCUCUGUGCAGGGCCAACAGGUGCUUACCACCCUCUCUGGUGUGAUGCCCAACAUCCAGUACCAGGUCAUACCCCAGUUUCAGACUGUAGAUGGCCAGCAGCUGCAGCUUGCUCAGACCCAGCAGGACCCUUCGGCGUUGGGGGCUGGCCAGUUUCAGUUGGUGUCCUCCCCCAAUGGUGGUCAGCAGCUCAUUGCCGCCACCAACAGACCUGGGGCUGCAGGUAACAUCCUGACUAUGCCGGGGCUCAUUCAGCAAGCUAUACCCCUUCAGAACCUGGGCCUGGGCAACACGGUGCUGCCCAACCAGACACAGUUCCUGGCCAACAUGCCAGUGUCGCUCAACGGCAACAUUACCCUCCUGCCAGUGAGCACUGGAGUGUCCUCUACAGCCGGAGGAGAUGGGGGAGGUGGAGCCGGAGGCAACAACCAGCAGCUGAUGCAGCAGCAGCAGCAACCCACAGUGUCGUCCGUCGGGUCAACAUACUAUACCACCUCCAGCACCACCACCUCUGCCCAGCCUACCAUCUCGUACGGGAUAGCAACGCAGGCUCCGAGCACUAACACAGUAGUCACUGGAACCUUCCAGAAUGCAACAGGGGGUGUACCCAUCCAGCCUGAUAACAGAGAUCAACAGCAGCAGCAGCAACAACAACAACAGCCCCAGCAGCAGCAGAUCCUCAUCCAGCCCCAGCAGAUCCUCCAGGGAGCCCAGACGCUCCAGGCCAUCCAUCCAGGCACGAUGACCACAGCAGGGGGCCAGGUGUUUGCCACACCGACCAUCACUCAGGACAGCCUCCAGAACCUGCAGAUCCAGGCCAUCCCCAACAGCGGGCCCAUCCUGUUGCGCACGGUGGGGCCCAACGGCCAAGUCAGCUGGCAGACCAUCCAGCUGCAGAAUCCGGGAGGGGCCCAAAUCACCCUGGCGCCCGUGCAGUCCAUCCCACAGCUGGCACAGACGCAGACGGGCAACACGGUGCAGCUGCAGAGCCUGCAGGGUUUGCAGGGCUUGCAGGGCCUGCAGGGCCUGCAGACCAUUAACCUGAACCCACUGGGCAAUGCAGGGCUGCAGAUGCACCAGCUGCAAGGGGUGCCCAUUGCCAUCGCCAACACUGCAGGAGACCAGAUUAUGCAGACUGCAACUGGCAACGACAGCAUGGAUGACGCGGCCCUGGAAGAGAGCCUGGAAACGAGCCCCACCCCCAACCGACGCACACGCCGAGAGGCCUGCACCUGCCCCUACUGCAAGGAUGGGGAGGGACGCAGUAGCGACCCCACCAAGAAGAAGCAGCACAUCUGCCACAUCCCCGGCUGCAACAAGGUCUACGGCAAGACGUCGCACCUGCGCGCCCAUCUGCGCUGGCACACGGGCGAGAGGCCGUUCGUCUGCUCCUGGUCCUUCUGUGGCAAGCGCUUCACCCGCUCGGAUGAGCUGCAACGACACAAGCGCACCCACACUGGCGAGAAGAAGUUCUCCUGUCCAGAAUGUCCCAAGCGCUUCAUGCGCAGUGACCACCUCUCCAAGCACAUCAAGACCCACUUGAAUAAGAAGGGCGCCGCAACGGGCGGCCAGCCCACGUCCGACUCCGCCUCCCCCGCCCCCGUCGCCUCGGACAACAGCGCGCAGCCCGAGGCGCCCACACUCAUCACCAUGGAGACUCUGUCGCCGGAGGGCAUCGCCAGGCUAGCGAGCAGCGGCAUUAACGUCAUGCAGGUGACGGACAUCCACUCGCUGAACAUGAACAGCAACGGCUACUGAGCCACAGGGGGACGGGGCAACAGACUGAAUCAAGAGGGGAGAAUGCAGGACAUGCAGAAUUUAGAGCUGG